CAUCCGUCAUCUGACAAGCUUUUUCGGCCCGGUGCUCCGAUUACAUUUGCCCACCAGUCUCAAAGCGCCGCGUUCCACCCGACACCAACGACCCCAGGAGCCUUGUAACAGCAGGCAGCGAGCCGGACGAGACAUCAUCAUGUCGUCAGGGCCAUCAGCACCAACAUCUUCAUCACCAGCGGCGGCAACAGUAGCGGUAAGACAAGAGGCGUCAGCUUCAUCGUCCUUACCUUCCUCCUCAUCCUCUUCAAAUGGUCUCGCGAAAGAGACACAAGAUCAGAGCGCGAAUACAAGUGGCAUCCCCACUGCGCCUUUCAUCACCGAUGUCGAAGAAUUUCUAGGGGGGCCAGACGAGCCGGUCGCCUCGACGCUCCGCAAAUUCCAAGAGACUGUCUCGAAAUACAAGUUCAUGGAGGUAAAUACAGCGCAACGCAAGACGGUGCUCGAGCAGAAGAUUCCGGACAUACGCGAUACACUGCGCAUGGUCGAAUUUCUCAAGCUUCGCAAAGACGAUCCCAAUCCGGUGGACACGACAUUCGAGCUUAACGACACGCUGUACGCCCGCGCGACGCUUGAGAAUGUCGAGACGGUCAAUCUAUGGCUAGGGGCGAAUGUGAUGCUCACCUACCCAAUCGAAGAAGCCAUCACGUUGCUCUCCGCAAAACUGAGCGGCGCCGAGAAGUCCCUGCAAGGAGCCAAAGCGGACCUCGAGUUUCUGCGCGACCAGAUCACCACGAUGGAGGUCAACACUGCGCGCGUACACAAUUGGGAUGUCAAGCGGCGCAGAGAGAAAAGGUUGCAGGAUGCGAAAGAGGCGGCUGUAGAGAAAGGGCAAGGGCGAUGAAAAUCGGAAUCGAUGUAAGACCUCUAUGUAUGUCAUAUGCUACAGAAUGGCAAUGCAGAGCGCAGCUGCCAGAGCCGGCAUGCCUG